AUGCAAAGAGGAAGAAGAAAGUUCACACAGUUCUGCUCUGGGAUAUUGUGAAUAAGCCUACAGACAAACCAGUCAGGCUGGAAUACGCUGCUCAUUUGGAAUGCUGUCUGCUGACUGACAGAGACAAAAGAUCUUGCUGGGCCCAGAGCAGGCAGUGGGGUCCCCUGGUCUUCUGGUGCCAGUGAUGUGGGAAAGGAGACUUAGCAGAGACAGCUCAGAGAUGUCCCAACGUUAACCCGGGCUCUAGGCAAGUCUGAUCAUUGCUCAAAGACGAGCAGUCAGCCCAUUGCGGUGUGCCACCAUCCCUCCUUCAUUGGCGGCAUCCUCCAGCCUGCUGCGGUUGGCCCAGAAUAGGCUCGUCACUGGCGUUACUAUGAAAGAGUGACCCAGCAGCAGCAUCACCGCACACACCCAGUGCGCAGAUGGGACGUCCAAAGCACAUAAUUCAUUCGGAUGCCUUUUUAUCGCAGCAGCAAGGAUGUUGUAUUUCUCUCUUCUAACUCUGAGCCUAACGUUUAUCCAUGGCAUCCUCCUUCCUGGUUCUAUCAGGCCCGUGGCUUUGGACAUCAACCAGAUCCUUGAGGAUAAUUUGGCACAAGGACACACGACAUUAAACGACAUGUUUGAGGAGGUAGAGCAACUGAUGGAGGACACGCAUAAUUAACUGGAGGAUGCGGUGCACCAGGAGACAGACAACAGAACUGAAGAGACCCACAUCACCAGAACAGUUAUCCAGUCCAGUGGAAAGGAAAAUAAUAUUCAUCAUUGCUGUACAGGACAGCUGUGUGUGUGGGGCCAGUGCAGCCAGAACACCACUAAGGGGGAAGCUGGCAGCAUCUGCCAAUACCAGAGCAACUGCAGCCCAGACCUCUGAUGUGCUUUCCAGAAAGCUCUGCUGUUCCGUGUGCACGGCCAAGCCAAUAGAGCGUGAGCGCUGUCAUGGCUCCUCCAAUCACCUUAUGGAGCUGCUGUCCUGGAACAUAGAGGGCCAGGGACCAAGGGAACAUUGCCCCUGUGCUGGGGACCUCCAGUGCGAACAUCUCAGCCGAGGCUCCCUGUGUCUGAAAAGACAGAACUCGAGUGAAGAGGACCUGACAGACGCAGUUUAUUCAGAAAUUGGCUACAUUGUCUAGGAGUAACCAUGCAGCUCAACCUUUUCAGGCCUGUAGACAAUCAGAUAGAGGGGUCUCCAGUGAUUUCAGCCUAGAAAAUGAAGUUUCUCACCCUCUCACAAGGCUUACAUGUGAGAUUCUUCCAUCUAUAAGCUUGUCAUUGUUUAUUCAAGCCAUUGCAGUUCUCGAUCUGCUCGAAGUUAACCAACGCUCUAGAUGUAGCGUAGUGCAUAACAUCAUGUAUGUAUUAGAUGGAAUUUACAUUUUGAGUAUUUCCCCGACUCCUAGACGUUCAUAGGUACUGUGUAUGACUACACUCCAAUUCUGCAAUAAGAGUUUGUGUUAACAAAUAUGUACUUAAAACAUACCCCAUCCUGCUCUCUCUGAUGUCGCACUUAUGUGCCUACCUUAAGGAUGCACCAUUGAGGCCCUUUGCUCAAACACAAUGCACUGCAGCUUGCUUUGUCCUGGUUCUUGUUUAAAAUAGUGGUUUAAACAAGGACAGAUGACAUUUCUGAAUAUAUGGAGCACUUUGACAGGUCAGCUCAUCAUGCCCACAACUUGGUAAUGGAAACUAUAACCCAGACACAUGCAGCUUGCACAACUUUUGCUCAUAAGAAAAUAAAAGGCUUUGAAAAUGUC